AUGUUAUUAUCAGAUUGGCACAUUGAUGAUAUUGAAAUAGAUUUAGAUAGAACUAUCUUUAAAAUACAAAGUAAAAAAGCAUUUAGUCUUUAUGAAAGAAGUAUAUUUAAUUAUUUAUGUAAUGAGGAUUUACAAGAUGAAAAUAAAGAAGAUGUAUUGGAUGCUUUUAAUAUAGAAGAAAAAAUUAGGAAGUUUAAAAAAAAUAGGAGUAAAAAGAAAAUUCUUAGUUUUCAGACAUUGUCAACUUUAUUAACUUGCUCAUUUAUAUAUUUUUCCUGCAAAGGUAUAGUUGAACACUUUAAAGGAUUUAAUAACAAAAACAUUAGAAAUUCUACAUAA